UCGGUCCACGGUACACGCUAAACACCGAAACGUCUGCAACUCAACGUGGUUUACCGCAGCACGCUCCAAAGAUCCGUGUCGCUUGAUGACAUGUCAUUUCUGAUGAAAUAGUUGCGUUUUUUUUUUGUUCCGCCUCUUCUCUGAUGAUAGCCUUGAACUGUCCACAACCGAAUGACCACACCCACCAGCUUGACCUAAACUCUGACAACCUACACCGAAGAUGGCCUCUGGGAUAUCGUAUCUUUUGCUCGCCGGCCUCAUCGCCGUGGCCAUCGCGCUCAGCUCGGCCAAGAUGACGGACGAGGAGCUUAAAGCCAUGGAGGAGCUUAACAUGAGGCACAUGCUGAAGGAGGAAAUCAAGAUGGGGGAGAGGCAGCUCAGGAGACAGGGGGAGAGGAAGACGGCAGACACAGAGCAGCCGCAGAACUACUCACACCCUUUCCAUAAGCCGGGGAUUGUUGAUGAGAUCAAGUACUCGUACAGGAGGUACCGUGAGAUGAUCUUGGUGAAGGCGGGAAACUUCUGGAUGGGCACCAACGACCCUGAGUCCAAGACUGGCGAGUACCCGCUUAAGUUUCUCUCUCUCAAGAGUUUUUACCUGGAUGCUAACCCGGUCAUUAACGCUGAUUAUUGGGCAUUCCGUGCUACCAAGAAGUUCAUCAGAUCUGAACCAGAGAAGAAGGGGUGGAGCUGGGUGGUGGACAUGUUCAUCAGCGACGAGACACGUGACUUCUACAGCAUGCCUGGUCAGCGAGGCUGGGCAGCGGUCAAGAAGGCCACGUGGGAUAAGCCCGAGGGUCCAGAUAGCAGCCUCGAGGACAGGUGGAAGCACCCUGUGGUACACAUGAGCUGGUACGACGCCAAGAAAUAUUGCGAGUUCCACGGGAAGAGGCUGCCUACAGAGGCGGAGUGGGAGUAUGCUGCCAGGGGCGGAUCUAUCAAUCACGCCUACCCAUGGGGCGAUAACUGGGAAAGAAGACGUGCUAAUGUAUGGCAGGGUGAGUGGCCUUAUGAGAACAGGAAGUCUGACGGUUACGCCAUGACGUCACCAGUGGACGCCUACAGGCCUCAGAACUUAAUCGGUUUCUACGACCUGAUCGGCAACGUGUGGGAGUGGACAACUUCCGCCUACACAGAGCGGAGGGUCCAGCCCCACCUCCAGUCCCCCAUGGUCGUGCUCAAGGGCGGAUCCUUCGUCGACUCGGUCAACGGGAAGAUAAACGCCGCUGUUCGCAAUGGACAGAGGAUGGGACAGCCCCAGGACUACUCCGCCGCCAACGUAGGUUUCCGUUGCGCAAAAAGCGCACCAGAAGCAGAUCGAGUCACGACCACAGUCUCCCCGUCCGAGAGAAAGCGGGUUUUCCACAGGAAGAAGAAAGACGAGCUGUAAGUCACGUGAUGUGUACCUGGCCAGAUUUUCCUAAAACGAGAGGUCGAAUGAGCCAUCAUUUUGAGAAUUAUUUUUUUAUCAUUGUCAUAAUAUGAAUGUAUUUGAUUGAUUUUUGUAUGAAAGAAUGGAAGGGAAUUUUAAAAAGUUAGUAGUUACGUGUUUUUUUUUUGUCCACAACAUGAGUGGAUUAGAAAAAACAUUUAAUGUACUAAUCAAAUUAUCAACAAAAUGAUUGGUUAAUUAAAGAACUGAUUAAAUGCUUAAUGAAUAAAUUUGUAGAUUAAAUUAUCAGAAAUGUAGAUGUGGGUACUAUAUGUGGGGACAUUUCAGUUUAAAAUGUGGUGAAAAUAAAGGGCUGUAACUGUCAUGCUAGAGUUGAACGAGAGAAGUUGAGUUGUAGCGUAGAGAAAUAUAAUUAAAAAAAUA